AUGAGCGAGGUGAAGCAAGUCAUUAUCCGUCAAGUUUGGACAUAUAAUUUGGAGUAUGAAUUCAAUCUCAUACGUCAGGCUAUUCAUCAACAUCCUAUGGUUUCAAUGGACACCGAAUUUCCUGGUGUAAUUCAUUCACCCGAAAUCGAUCAUCAUUACCUUCAACCCUCUGACAACUACCGCUACUUGAAGGCCAAUGUUGAUGCUCUUAAUCUCAUCCAAGUCGGUUUCACACUUACCGACAUUAAGGGAAAUCUUCCUGAUUUUGGAACUAGUUAUAGCUACAUUUGGGAAUUUAAUUUCUGUGAUUUUGACAUCAAUCAGGAUCCUUGUAAUCAAGAUUCUAUUGAUAUGCUAUGUCGUCAAGGGAUUGACUUCAAUCGAAAUUUACGCCAUGGUGUGGAUUCAAGGUGUUUUGCUGACCUAAUGUUUUCGUCAGGACUUGUUUCCAAUGAAUCACUUUGGUGGAUCACAUUUAGCAGCGCUUAUGAUUUCGGGUAUUUGGUAAAGAUCUUAACUCAAAAGAAUCUACCAGACCGUUUAGAGGAUUUUUUAAAUAUCGUAGAAGAUUUGUUCGGAAAAAAAGUGUUCGAUGUAAAACACAUGAUGAAAUUUUGUAACUUUUUGCACGGUGGUCUUGAGCGAGUAGCUACUACCUUAAAAGUGAACCGAGCAGUUGGAAAGUCUCAUCAAGCUGGAUCUGAUAGUUUGAUGACAUGUCAGACAUUUAGAAAAAUGCUAGAAACUUGUUGUGUCAAUAAGAAAGUUCCAGAACUUAAAGAUUAUGCAGGAGUGUUAUUUGGAUUAGAGAUUGUUGUGUAA